CUCGGCGGCACCGCGGCCCACUCGCGCCGCCGCGGCGCCUAUAAAGGGCCGCCCGCCGCACGAAUCCGCCGCCUCUCCGCCUUCCGCGGCCGCACCGCGAAACCAACGGGCCGCCUCUCUGCUGAAUCUGGGCUGAAUCGAAGCGAAAGAUAAGAGAAGCUGGGGGUUUUAGGAGUUUUUUUUGCCUCAAAGCGCUCGGGAGCCGGCGUAUGAAUUUUGGUGUCUUAUCCGAUCCCUGCUCUCCAGGAGGCUUAACUUUGGGGUGUUUUUGCUGAUUUUUUUCCAAGCUUGCACAACCCUCUCAGCUGCUCCGUGUCCUGGUGCCAGCCCCCUUGUCCCAGGCUUCUGCCGGCCGCGGCUUAGGCUUUAAUUAAGAGUUUUGAGCGUUCCCCCAGAAUUAAUAAUUAUAAGAAGCUCGAAUUGAGCCCCCAAGUGAAAAACCCCCGUGGUUGAGAGCGCCGAGGGGAAGAUGAACACGGCCGCCAGCAGUUACCCCAUGGCCUCGCUGUACGUGGGGGACCUGCACCCCGAUAUCACCGAGGCCAUGCUCUAUGAGAAGUUCAGCCCGGCUGGCCCCGUGCUGUCCAUUCGGGUCUGCAGGGAUAUGAUCACCCGCCGCUCCCUGGGCUACGCCUACGUCAACUUCCAGCAGCCCGCAGAUGCUGAGAGAGCUCUCGAUACCAUGAACUUUGAUGUGAUCAAAGGGAAACCCAUCCGCAUCAUGUGGUCUCAGAGGGACCCUUCCCUGAGGAAGUCAGGGGUUGGGAAUGUCUUCAUCAAGAACCUGGACAAAUCCAUUGAUAACAAGGCACUUUACGACACAUUCUCAGCAUUUGGAAACAUUUUGUCCUGCAAGGUGGUGUGUGAUGAGAAUGGCUCUAAGGGCUACGCCUUUGUGCACUUUGAGACCCAGGAUGCUGCAGAUAGGGCCAUCGAGAAGAUGAACGGCAUGCUGCUCAACGACCGCAAAGUGUUUGUUGGGAGAUUCAAGUCUCGUAAAGAGAGGGAGGCUGAGCUGGGAGCCAAGGCGAAGGAAUUCACCAAUGUCUAUAUUAAAAACUUUGGGGAUGACAUGGAUGAUGAAAGACUAAAGGAGGUCUUUGGCAAAUAUGGUAAAACUCUGAGUGUUAAAGUGAUGACAGACCCCACUGGAAAAUCCAAAGGCUUUGGCUUUGUAAGCUUUGAAAAGCAUGAAGAGGCCAACAAGGCAGUGGAGGAAAUGAACGGGAAGGACAUCAACGGGAAAAUGCUCUUUGUGGGCAGAGCACAGAAGAAGGCUGAGCGCCAGGCAGAGCUGAAAAGAAGGUUUGAGCAGCUAAAACAGGAGAGACUCAGCCGGUACCAGGGUGUUAACCUGUACAUUAAAAACCUAGAUGACACUAUAGACGAUGAAAAACUGAGGAAGGAGUUCUCACCUUUUGGGUCAAUAACGAGUGCCAAGGUGAUGCUGGAAGAUGGACGGAGCAAAGGGUUUGGCUUUGUCUGCUUUUCCUCUCCAGAGGAGGCCACCAAAGCUGUGACAGAGAUGAACGGGCGCAUCGUGGGCUCCAAGCCCCUCUAUGUGGCACUGGCCCAGAGGAAGGAGGAGAGGAAGGCCCAUCUCACCAACCAGUACAUGCAGCGCAUCGCUGGCAUGAGGGCCUUGCCUGCCAACACCAUCAUCAACCAGUUCCAGCCCGCUGCUGGCGGGUAUUUCAUGCCUGCUGUGCCCCAGGCUCAGAGCAGACCCACUUACUAUGCACCCAACCAAAUGACACAGAUGAGACCCAACCCACGAUGGCAGCAAGGAGGGAGACCUCAAGGCUUCCAGGGAAUGCCCAAUGCCAUGCGGCAGUCGGGGCCCCGGCCCGCCCUGCGCCACCUGGCCCCUGCCAGCGCUCCUGCCUCCCGCGGCCUCCCCGCUGCUGCCCAGAGAGUUGGUGUUGGCACAGCAGCUCAGAACUUGGCUCCCCGUCCUCCUGUAGCUGCCCCUGCUCCCAGGGCUGUCCCUCCUUACAAAUAUGCCUCAAGUGUCCGCAGCCCACACCCAGGUGUCCAACCUCUGCAGGCACCUCAGCCUGCAGUGCAUGUGCAGGGCCAGGAGCCCCUGACAGCCUCCAUGCUGGCUGCUGCCCCUCCCCAGGAGCAGAAACAGAUGUUGGGAGAACGUUUGUUCCCCCUGAUCCAAGCUAUGCACCCCAGCCUGGCGGGGAAGAUCACAGGAAUGCUGCUAGAGAUUGACAACUCGGAGCUGCUGCACAUGCUGGAAUCUCCAGAGUCCCUCCGCUCCAAGGUGGAGGAGGCUGUGGCAGUGCUGCAGGCUCACCAAGCCAAGAAAGAAGCUGCCCAGAAGGUGGGUGUGGUUGCUGCUACCUCUUGAACCAGGAUGACUGGAUACAAAGAAGCCAAAUAGCCCCUUCCUAGACAUCAGCUCAAGAUGUUUGAAGAUCCUUCACUGUCCUGCAGAUCUCAAGGCCAUGCAUUGUAUCACAUAGUUAUAUUGCAUUUUGUAAAUUAAUCUUAAAGAUCUUAUUUAAAAAGCUGACUCUGAAGCUCGAGGUUUCCAAAACCAGAAUCUGAGGGGUUUGCAAGCUUUUCCUUUGCCAGAACAGAGCUGCCCCUCGUGUCUUCUAAAGAGGACGUUGAGGAUUUUAGGCUGGAAGUAUUUUUGUGAGUUUGUGUUUAAUUGAACAAUCCAGUUUGGAAAGUUUGGGAAACAUUUAUCAAUAAAGGAAUAAACUUGCACUUUGUUUGCCAUCAUUUCUCUCUGUCGGAUAAAUAAACGUGCCUUGGCUUUGUGAAAUCAA